AAUUGGUCUCGUUGUAAGCAAUUAAUUUCAGCUCUUACUUUAUGUAGUAUGUAGGCCAAAUAUAAAUAUAAAUAUUGAGAUUGUCCUAAUUAAUCUUUUUAAUGUGCUAGUGAAAGAUGGCGGUAUCCACAAUCUGUAUGAAAUAAAUAAACAAAAAAUUGUCCCUCUAAACUCUAAUCAAAACUGCUGCUGCAGAAAAUUCAGUUUAAAAAUCCCAUUGGCAAUGAAUAUUGCACAGACAUGGCAAUUUUUAGAGAGAGUCUUAGUAGCUGACAUUGUGAGUAUUUAUUAAGUUUAAAAUGAAUAGGCCAGCCUAAGCGCCUUCUUAAUCUUACUAAUAACUUAAGUAAUAACUAAGAUUCUUAGUUAGUGACUAAGAACAAGAAGUAAACACUCUCAGUAGUCUCAUUCAGGGUUAGUAGUAAGUGAAACGAAGUGGCUUUUCGGACCCGGGAAAAGAGUGAGAGGUUGGGUUUAUUUUUUUAAAAAUUCAAAUAUUAUUGGUGUGUUUCUAAGAGAAAAAUUGGUAUCAAAUAAAAGAUAAUUGAAUGGAAUAUAAAAAUAUAUGUUUGUACACUUGCUUCUUCAGUUUAAAGUUUAACUAAAAAUAAACUAUUACUUUAACUACCACACAUGACAUCCGUCCCGAAAAGUCAAUAGUGACAAUAGUCCAAUUGCAUUUAGUCUAGUCUGGGACCUCUGUCAGACUCAAUCCAAAUAAUGAAUAAAAUUUGGAUUGACACAAUUUUGUUGAUGAAAAACAACGGAGUGUUUGUAGAUUCCCUGUAUGUUUGCAAAAGCUGCCCAUCCGUCUGAUACAAUUACAAUAAGUGAGCCUCACGCUAUGCAUUACGACUACUGUAACGGGAUGGCACAUCGGUCUGGCACUUAAACAAGAAACAGCACCCAUUCUCUCUUUCUAUGCCACAGAAAAACCAAUGGCCCUAUCCACCGUACUUUUAACAGACAUCUUAAAAGAUUAAUAGUUUUAAUAGUACUUCAAACUAAUUUCAGACUACUUAGUUAGAAUUUUAGGUGCAUUCAGUAGGAUACUAGUUAAUUACUUGUUUUUAGGCUAAUUGUUGUGACUAUGACAUGAGUGAGUGAUUCUUGACUGUUGUCAGUACAGUAUUUUCAAAUCAAUGUCAGUAUUGACUUGUUGACUGAGACUUGAGACCGUGAGUAGAGUUUCGUUUAAUUUGUAAAAAUUUGUUUGAAUCAUGAAUGAAAUCUUUCUUCUGAGAAGUCAGGACUGAGUAUGAGUGGCAACAACAGUCCUCAACAGUGUAUUACUGUAGUAAAAGUUCUGUCUCUUCAUUCAAUAAAAAAUAGGCUAAAUAUGUAAUGCCUUUAUAAAUAUCCCUUUUGUUUAGAAGCCAUGUUUUUUAUUAUGAAAAUAAAUAAACACUUUUAAAAACUAUGCCAUGACUUUUAACAAUUACAAAAUUUUAUGAUUUUUUAAAAUUGUGUUCUUUUUAUAUUCUAGGAAUCAUCAGAAAUAAAAUGGAGCUCCGUUCUGCCCAGUUUAGAACUGAAAGAAGCAGCAAUUUUUUUAGGUUCGCCUGGAAUGUGUCAGUUGCUGGAAGAAUGGUUACUUGAAACUAUACUUCAAGAUCUGAACAAGAGGGUUAGCCCAUUGUUCUGGAAAUAUUUCAAUGAGAAAGCUGACUCGGGUAGCUCAGCUAAAGCUAAUGCAGCUGCAUUUUCAAAUGCCUUUGGAUUUUUAUAUGGUAAAUUACUAUAGCCAACUUAUUUUUUAAAUUACAAAAAAAAAAAAAAAAAAAAAAAAAAAAAAAAAAAAAAAAAAAAAAAAAAAAAAAAAAAAAAAAAAAAUUUUUUUUUUUUUUUUUUUUUUUUUUUUUUUUUUUUUUUUUUUUUUUUUUAAAAAAAAAAAAAAAAAAAAAAAAAAAAAAAAAAAAAAAAAAAAAAAAAAAAGGUGCAGUAGCAAGAUGAAUUGUCAAGACAUCAUUUAAAAAAUAUGUUUACAUUCCCUUUAUCUUUUGUUGUUUCAGAUGUGUACAGUAAUUUUUAUCUGGUUGCUUUAACACGCUUAAGAUGGCUGCAAGUUUUGGCUGCAUCAGCACCUGUUACCGGACCAUCUUCUGUCACUUCAGCUUUUACUCCAGUGAAGGCAGGCUUUGCCAAGGGUGUUAGGUUUGGAGAGCUAGAGAAACCCAAAGCACUUUUGAAUUCAUUUGGAAAAGGAAAAGGGGACAGAGGUGUAAAGCUGGAGACAGGUCCGCUCAGUGUUACCUUUGAAAAGGGAACUAAGGGGGAGGAUAUGGAGACAGACUUCAGUGACAUCAGCUUGGAAGGGAACCCUUUUGGGGCCGGUUAUGAGAAAAGAGCUUCUGGAAGUAUGGACGGUUCGUACUUACGUAAUAAGAGUGUGGCUGAAGACAUGCAGGCUGCUGGUGAUCAAGCCAUCUUGUCUGGGCAGUUAAAUUCAACUUUGAACCUUUCUAGAAAUAUUCAUGCCACCAAGAUAGUGGAGGAAGAAGAAGAUAUUGAAUCAUUCAUUCGUUCCCCCAUCGGAGGAAAUAAAAAGCUUAUGUCUUCGGCAAGUAUAAGUAAAACUAAUUCUCUGCUGCCACAAUCACUGGCCAAAAGUAGCGCAUUUACCAGUGUAAAAACACCAGCAGUUGACAGUAACUCAAGGCCACUUAGUCAGACCUCUACACCUGGAAUGGCCUUGUAUCAAACCCCAGGGCCCAUCACUCCAAUAGCAUAUCAGGAUUCUCCAGAUGUUUUCUCAGAUAUUUCUGUGCAGCACGGUGCAACUGCUAUGUCACAGCUUGAGACCCCUUCUAUUCAGGGUCAGUCCAUGGUUGAAUUUCCAGACUCUUCUGCACCUCUUGCAGCAGGAUCAAAUGAUCCCCUGCCAGAUGCAUCAAGCAUAUUUGGCGUGGCAGUGACCUCUAGACCCGUCCCUGGGGGUUUUGUUCCUUGGCCAAGCAAUGAUCAGCACAAAGGUUUGGGUGGACCGCAAAACAGAGUAAGUCUUCUUGAUGCUGAAUCUGUCUAAAUAACUGUUAUUUAAAAAAAAAAAAACACAAUUAUGUGGCGGGUUUAUUUAAUGCAAAAUUCAUCUAAAAAAGUCAAACCAGACAUGACUUUGUAAAUUUAUAGCACAUAUUUUAAACACAUACAUUGAAGUCCCAUAUUGCAAUAUUCUUCAAAAGAUUUUCAUAGCUGGGUAAAACUAAAUCUAACCCUUCUGAAAUACUUCAGUUGUUGUCAAUAUUAAACCUCACUAAUCAUCAUGUUUACAAAAACAUAUCUCUUUUUAGGUUCAGUUAAUGAUCAGAGCCGUUUUGUUCUACACCUUUCCUAAACAAUUUGCAUCUGUUGUGAAAGAUUUUUAUGCCCAAGCGUUUGAUAUCUACAGAAGUCAAGCUGAAGGAACAGGUAGACACAAAAAAAAUGAAAAGAAGAUUUACUGGACUCUAAAAUUUAAAAGAAAAAUAAUUUAUUAAAAAUUACCACACUAUAUCCUUUUUGAAAAAUCUGUAAAGGACUUUAAAUAAAAAUUAAUUUAAAAAAAAAAAAUUAUAGUUUACUUUGUUGAUUUUAGUGAUGAUGGGAUCUUAUUAUAUUACUGGUAUUUCAAACAUUACUUUUCAAGAGAAUAUAUAUUUAGCUUGCCAGUAUGUCAGCUUUGUAAUUUUAAUGCAUACAAAAUUGAAUUACUCUACAGUUUCCAUAGGAGAUUUAGAGGAAAGCCAAAAGACUUUUGAUGAAGUGAACAAAAAACUGUAAGUCAUAUUAGAGUAUUUUGCAACCUGUAUGCACUCCCUUACUGAACUUAAAUCACAAAGACAUAAGUAGUGUACCCAAACUAUUGAUAUCAUUCUCGUACAACUGCAAAUUCAUGUAUUUCUUAAUUCAGCAAAUAUCUAUAAUAAAUCAGAGACACUACAGAUAUGGCAACAGUGGAAAACAAUGGUCACAUGUAGUUUUAAGUACACUUGAAUAAAUAAAUUGUGGUCAGCUAACAGCGCCUAGCUAAGUACAAAUGUAUAUUGUUUUUAUUAGCCACUGGUACUUUUUUGUACGUUAGCUUAAAGGACUUUUUUUCUCUUCCAGUUAUGUAUGGAGAAAAAAUUAUAGAAUAUGCCAUCUUAUUUGAUACAGGCUCUCAAAAAAACUGUUAUCUUUUUUAAAAAUAUAUUCUUGAUAUAAAUCCUUUGUGCCUUUUUUUUUGGGGAACUGGGGGGUUGGGGCCCCCCCCCCCCCUAAAUUUUCCUGAUCCUUUCAGCCACGCCUACACUUUCUCACCAUCUGGAAGGGGGGGGGGGGGGGUUUAACACCAAUUUUGAGGAUCGCUGGUCUAGGUGAUUAACUGAAUUUUAGGACAUAAGGAGGAUGGUUAAAACCAUCUUAAAUGAUUUUGAGCCAUAAAACCAAGUCUGGUGAUAUAAAAGCUUUUAGAAAUACUUGCAAUAGAAUGGGACUGGAAGAAUGAAGAGAAAUUACUGCUACAGGAUGUAAAGUUAAAUUGCAAUACAUCUCUUUUAAUCUUCAUCUGAUAAUUGUGUUGGUUACCAUGACCCACCCACCCCCACGCCCCUGUCACCUUUUUUUAAAUAAAAUAUUUAUUUUAAAAAACUUUUCAUAAUUUGUUUUUUUUCUCCUUCACAUGUGAUUGUAUUCUCAGUGAUGAAAUGGGUAUUAUGGAGUUGGUGUCUGGCUCAGCUGUGACAGAGAUUGUACACACACAAAUAGAGAAGCACAUUGAGGAUGAGUGCAAGGGAAAUUUUGACACAUCUUAUCUCAGUGACUUGGAAGAGGUGGGCCAUUUCAGAUUUUUAAAUACUUUUUUUCAUGCAGUCGUUUGUGCAUUCGAUGAAUAACCCCAGCAAGAAAACGGAAUAUUAACUUGAUAUAUAAGAAUGAAAAGUCCUGAGUAGAAUAUAUGCAUGUGCACAGUGGAAAACAAUGAUGGAUGGGGAAUGGGCCACCAACUCAGAGCUAUAUUCGCUGUACAAAAGUCCAAUCAUACGAGUAGCAAAGAAAAAGAGGAAAAACUUCUUUGGAUGGGACAAGUGGAGGGGAUUCCUGACAGAGAAGGGAAGCUGGUGUCAAACAAGUCCUCACUUAGCCACUGCUGAUUUGGUUUUACAAUGUGGAGACAGAUUUGCAGCAGAUGGGGGGUCCCUAGGUGGAAACGGAGGACACUGUAGAUUGAUGGAUUUACCCCAAUACAGAAUGUUAAUAUUUGAAUUAAAUAAAUUGAUUACAUAAAAUAUUGAUAUGUGGUUUUUUUUGCAAAGAGACAACACAGUCUGUAGUUUUAAUCUCUGCUUAAUAGGGCGAAAAAGAUUUAACUCAAGAGUCCUUAACCUGUGCAUUAGUUUCCCCUCCAUCUGUUAGAUGAACACACUGCCAUGCGAAAACAGCUAGAGAAAAGCUGAGAAACAAAACAGCUUGCUUUUAAUUCAGUUGUAUGUACUUUUUCAAGUUGAUUCAAAACACAGUAUCAUGUAAUGAUAUAUAAAAUAAAGCUACAUCUCCAGGCAAAUGUUUAAAAAUAAUCUUAUAAAGAUUUAUCAACAACAUAUCUUUAGAUCAGUGGUCUUUACUAAAAGGAAAAAUGAGAGGAGGAUUUCCUUUUUUUAAUAAUUUAAUUUUUAAAAUUUAAUUUAUGAAAUUGAUAGUCUUCUUCAAUCCAAAUCCAACUAAAAUAAUUAUUUUCUGCCACUGCCCAAUUCAAUAAAAAAACUAAUAAUGUAAUUUGGGGAUGUGCUCUUUUCAAGGUUAAAUUAACUUUAUAUUAAAAAUGUCAGUAGACCUGUUUACUCUUACAAUUUUGGCGUACAUUGUACGAUUUUGAGGUGUAUAAAUGGUAUAUUCUGUAUGUUUAUUUUUUACUAUAAAUAUAAGGUAUUGAAAAAUUUUGUGAUGAUAUUGUACGAUUUUAAGAGUUUGAGGGUAAACAGGUCUGUGUCUGGAAAUUCUGUUCUUAAUCAAUGCCUUGCAUCAUCUUCUGAAUAGACUAAAAUAAAAUACGAUGAAUUGAAGACAUAUUCAAUAAACAUGAAUUAAUUUUCCCAGUGGCUAGACCAGCAGGUUUUGGGUUGGCUGAACCACAUUUAUGCCUGUAAGCAGACAGCCUCACAGCUUGCCAGUGUGGUCGCCUUCCGGGACAGACUCCGACACUUCAUCUAUGAAACCUACGCCAAGUCUUUGAUUGGUCAGUUCUUCGACAUAAUCAUUGACUAUCCCGACUCAAAGCCUGCCAUCUUGGAUCUGAGUGCGUGUCUCGAAAAAACUGACCUGAGGUCUGAGCUUGUGUCCACACUGAAGAAUGCCUUAGAAAACAGACUGCUUCAUCCAGGUUUGUCAGACUUUAAAGCCUAAAAUAUGUGAUCAGGUGAAAGCUGACCAUGUUCUAUGUUUAACAGAAGUAAAACCAGAAGGUUCAUAAUUUUUUUCAAUUUUUAAAAAAAAAAAUUGAGGGCAAGCAAAAUGCAGAGUUAAAUAAGGAAUUUAAUUCAUGAAAUACUUAAAAAUAGACAGCCAUGGUGUUUAUUUAAGCUCAUCUGUCAAAAAUAUACUGCAAAGAAAUUUAAAUGUUAAGCAUUGACUAAAGAAAAAAAUUGUGAAAAUAUGGCAUGGAGAAUGUGGAUUAACAAAAACUUAACACUGAUAAGCUAUUUUUUUUUUUUUUUUUAUUUGGUGGGGAUCCUUUUUGUUUUCUUUCAUAUUCCUUACUGACUUAGAUUUGAAAUGUAAAGAAAAAUGCUCUAUUCAUUAGAGAAGCUAAUGGAAAAAGAAAAAUGGAAAUUAUGGUAAAUUUAAUCAAGUAAAUAAAAAAAACUUAACUUUGAUAAGUUAUUUUUUUUUUUUUUUUUUAUUUGGUGGGGAUCCUUUUUGUUUUCUUUCAUAUUCCUUACUGACUUAGAUUUGAAAUGUAAAGAAAAAUGCUCUAUUCAUUAGAGAAGCUAAUGGACAAAGAUAAAUGGAAAUUAUUGUGAAUUUAAUCAAGUAAACAUAUACAAAUCUGAAUUUUUUUGUUUGUUUUGAAGGUGUGAACACGGCUGAUAUCCUAACAGCUUACAUUGCCGCCAUCAAAUCUCUGAGGCUCCUGGAACCAGCUGGUGUCAUCUUGGAGCUUGUGUGUGAACCUGUGGGCAGGUAUUUGAGGUAUAAACUUAUUUCCUAUCAUCUUAGUGGGUCAGUUCAUUUGUUCUUGUGGAUUGUUGUGAGAAUUAGAUCUUUGUGCAUGUUGGUUCAGUGGUGCACAAUUUUUCAUGGGCGAGGUCCCACUGAAAAGUUUGUUAUAUUAUGUUGGCUUCCUAUCAUCAGGUCAGUAAUAAUAUCUAAAAAAAAUUUUAUACCGCUGGCUAAGUUUACUCAAAAUUCAAAUCUUUUCAAAUAUAAGUGAUUUAGUUGUGGGGGCUUGACUACAUUUUGCUUACAGCUAUUACUUUUCUGCUUUGAAAGUGAUAGCUGAUGCUUUUAGCUUGUCUCUUGCAAUCCUUAUCAAAGUGAUAGCUGAUGCUUUUAGCUUGUCUCAUGCAAUCCUUAUUUUGUAAAAUUUGAUUUUUAUUUUAUAUCUCUAUUUUUGCUUGUCUCUAAGAGAAAAAAAAUUAAACAUAAAUAAAAGAAUGAAUCUUAAUAACUGACUUUUUAAAUAUCUGACUUAUCAAUUGCCUCAUUUAUUUUGUACAGGUCCAGAGAAGACACUGUUCGGUGUAUUGUGGCCAGUCUCACAGAUGAAGGCAACAAUGAGCUGAUAAAUGAACUUGUCAAUACAAAGCCGGUCGGAGAUGAAAACCAGGAGGAAGACGGGAACAUGGUUGGAUGGGAGAAUUGGAUGCCUGACCCAGUGGAUGCAGAUCAGUGUAAGCCUGUGAUAUUUUGCGGCCAUAUCUUGGUGAAUUUUCCACUUAACUGUCACAUCUUUGUGAAUGUUACAUUUCACCGCCAUUGAUCAAAAUGAAUUUAAAUGAUAAACUUAUAGACAUCCAUGUGAUUAUUGUUAUAUUAAUUUGUCGAAAACAUGAUUGAAAUAACAUAAGGAAAUUCAAAUCUUUAGUUCUUGACUAUGUUUAAUACUUAUCAAAACAAAUGGACAACAUAGAAAUAUUUUUUUUCUGCCGUGUAAAACUACUUUAAUUUUUUUUUUAAUUUCAACCACGCUUUUGCCACAGCUACAGUAUCAAAAAAUAGAAGGUCAGCCGACAUUCUCUCCACCUUGGUCAACAUAUACGGCAGCAAGGAGCUUUUUGUCAAUGAGUAUCGGGCACUGCUGGCCGACAGAAUCCUGAUGCAGUACAACUACGAUGUGGAGAGGGAGCUCCGCUACCUGGAGCUUCUCAAGCUGAGGUUCGGAGAGGCGCAACUCCAUUUCUGCGAGGUGAUGUUGCGGGAUGUGACCGAGUCCAGGCGAGUCAACGCCCGCAUUCAGGAUGCACAAAAGAGCUCUGAAACGCCUAAUGUAAGAAUAACGCAGCAUUUGUUUUAAACCAAGCUGUUGCUCAGCUCAUCUGAACAAAGAGCAUUAGCUUUCCCAAUGGCUUUAUAACCAUUUAAAUUUUUAGUACAAAUAAAUUGUCUCCGAAUGGGAAACCCUAUUCUUUUAAAUUUUUGUUUGUUUCUUGCUUAAUUGGUUCAGUUUAAGCUGAUUAAAGCUACUGCUCUUAUUUUAGAUCUUAGGGUGGUUAUUUUUCUUUCUAAAAUCCCAUACUAGUUAUAUUGUUUGAGCCCAAAUCUCUUCUAAGACUCAGACCUUGGUUUUUACGAAGACUUUGAUUUUCACGAAUCAUCAAACUAAAUUUUCCCCCCGUCUGUUAACAUUGCUAAACCAAAACUUAUUCCCUCGUUCUGUUACCAUUGCUAAACCUAAACUCAUUCCCUCCGUCUGUUACCAUGGCUGUACAUCAGUUGCCUUGUUGUGUUGUAUCCUCCAGGAGGUUGAAAUGAAUGCCAUGAUUCUCUCUGCCCAAUUCUGGCCUGCCUUCAGAGAAGAGAAGAUCACCCUCCCAGCUGAGCUGCAGGAGUACCUGAACAAGUACACCAAGUCUUUUGAGACACAGAAACAGAACAGAACAUUGGUCUGGAAGCCACAUCUUGGUAAGAAGUUAAUUGGUCUUAUUUUUACCGGGCUCAUUUUUGUGUGUGUAGAUAUUUAAUUAGUUUCAGCCUGAUACUGUUUUCACCGUGGUUUUGUACGUGGUGUUGUAUGGUGUUCCUAGUUACUGUUUUCUACGUGGUUUUAUAUGUAGCUUUAUGUGAUGUCCCUAGUUUUAGCCUGAUACUGUUUUCACUGUGGUGUUGUACAGUAUCCUUGCUUUUAAAGACAAGAAAGUCUUGGUCAAUUUUAUGUUAAAUUCAAACUUUUUUAAACAUUUUUUUCCCUUGUCAACAUGUUUUACUAAAUUUGUUUUGUCUAUUUCCAGACCAACCAAUAAUAGAAAUGAAAUGGCUGCAUGCUUUGAAUAUUUGCUGCAAUAACACAUGAUAAAUAAAGCACAUUUUUUUUUUUUUAAAAGCUCAAGUAGAGCUAAAAAUACAACAUUUUACAAUGUGUCAUAAAACGUAAAACGUUUCUUGAGUAACUUUUUUAAACAUUUUUUUCCCUUUUCAAUAUGUUUUACUAAAUUUUUUUUUUCUAUUUCCAGACCAACCAAUAAAAGAAAUUAAAUUGCUUCAUGCUUUUAAUAUUUUCUUCAAUAACACAUGAUAAAUAAAGCACAUUUUUUUUUUUUUUUUAAAAGCUCAAGUAGAGCUAAAAAUACAACAUUUUACAAUGUGUCAUAAAACGUAAAACGUUUCUUGAGCUUUUCAGGAUAUAAGAAACACAAAGGUUAGGGAAAAUUUAAAGAAGACAACACAAAAUAGCGAAUGUGUCACCAAAAAGACUUCAUCAGCUAAUAAUUUAAAAACAAGGAGAGUAAAAAAUAAAAUGAACCAGGCAGCUGUGCCUUCCACGUCAUCAAGGGCAAACUGGGCCUUUCCAUUACCUUGUUUUACUUAUUUCCCUUUUCAUAUUCUCUCCCCACCAUUGUCCCCAAUCUAACUGCUGAGAUUCGUGAUUUAAUUCUGUAAGCCGACUUUCAGGUGUUGUAGUAAUACUUUUUCUCCCCCUCAGGCAUUAUGAACAUUGAGAUUGAACUGAAGGAGGAGACUCUGAACUUCUCUGUCUCACCAGUACAGGCAGCAAUCAUUAUGAAGUUUCAAACGAAAUGUAAGUUUUGCCAUCAACAUACAUCCUAUGUCAACUAAUGGGGCAGAAAUUAUGCUUAGACAAACUUUCAGUAACAAAUGUAGCGUCAUAAAAAUUUAUUUUUAAAAUAAAAUUUAUUUAUUAGAUUUCACAAGGAAUCUAAUAAAUAAAUUUUAUUUUAGAAAUAAAUUUUGGUACCGUAGUUUUCCUUAGCGCUACCUGGCUGCUGGCAGAAGCAUCUAUUAAUAUUCUGAAUGUGUACAAUGUAAUCAAAACAUUUAACCAUUUACUUGGAUCAAUAAAAGAACCUUAUUUUAUCUAAUCUUUCUGCCACUUUAAACAAAAUUUUUUUUUACCUCUGCUGUUAUUUUAAAACAAGUAAAACAUCUAAUAGUGACUCAAUCCUCUUCCCAGCAAAAUGGAGUGUGGAUGAGCUCAGCUCUGAACUAGAGAUGACGGCAUCAGUUUUACGGCGUAAGAUUGCUUUCUGGCAGGGUCAAGGUCUCCUGAGGGAAGUGUCUCCAGAUGUGUACCAGCUGGUUGAGGAGAGGCGGGGUCGACCCCAUGACCUCAUCAUGGUGGAUGAAGAAGAAAUUGAAUCAGCUAUGGCGUCAGCUCAGCAGCAGAAAGAAGAGGAGAUGCAGGUUAGUAUCUUAUUGAACAGACAGCUGGAAUAAUGGCAAAUGUAGGUCUUUUACAAUGAAACCGUUGCAGUCUAACUUGAAAUUUGAUAUGCAUUUUUUUUGGGGUAGCAUUUUAGCCCUAUCAACACCAUCUAAAAUGUAAAUGUCAGAGAAAAGAUGUCAAGUUUUGAUGCACUGAACCAUGGGGCAGAACCCCGAAUUGGAUUGGGACACUUGUCCCAGUGUCGGGUGGGGCUGGAACACCGGCUGUUCUCCAUACUUUGUUUUUCUUUGUUUCAUAUUAAUAUAAUUUAUAAAUGUGUUGCAAGUUGUUGGCCAUUGUAUUCAUGCUUCGGGUAGCUUUAGACAUCAUCUAAUCUGUCACAUUAGGUGUAUAGUUUGGAAAAGGGCUAAGAGUUACUGACCCUGACAUUUACAGUCUAUUAUUGUUUAUAAAAAAAGUAUUGUAUUAUCUUCAUUGUGCUUCAUGCCUUACCUUUUUUUUUUAACUUUACAUUACUUCAGUUACACUUAUGGCUUGUAUCCCUUCAGGUAUUCUGGACCUACAUACAGGGUAUGCUGGCCAAUUUAGACUGCUUGACUUUGGAUCGAAUUCACUCAAUGCUGCGCAUGUUUGCCAUGGAGGAGCCCAGUUCAUCUGAAGUGUCAACACAGGAGCUGAAAACAUUCCUAGACAACAAAGUCAAAGAUCAAGUUUUAAUUUUCUCUGGUGGAGUCUAUAGACUGAACAAAUAGAUAAUCCCUCAAGAUGUUAAAACAUUUUUUUCAUGUUAACAUAGAAAAAUGUGUACCUUUACCAAUAAGUAUAAGCAUUUAAUAAUGAUUAAAAUUGAAUUGUUUUUGUUUUAUUUUCUACAAAAACAAAAUGACUAGUUAUAAGAAAAACAAUUAGUGUCUUCAUCAUUAUAUUAUGAAAAUAUGUUACUUCAGUGAAAUAGUUAUGACAUAAGUUGAGGACAACACUGGACUAGUGCUGCACGACUCUUAAAUACAUAUAUCUGUUACCGUUAAAUGUUUAUUUAUUAAAUUGACUUCAUAUG